CUUCUGUCAUCUGUUCCACUUCCUGUCCUAAAUCUGACUGGCAGUGGCCCCUUUAGUUUAAAUUAGCCCUGCACCAGGGACACACACAUACACACACACUUCUGUUCUCAAAUUAUCUCUGUCUCAUUAACCUUAAAGAUGUUGACGUAAAACUAUUACCACUGUGACACAUAUAGAGACAAAGCCAGAUUAUUUGUAGAGCACAACAACAAAGCGAUUAAAAAUGCUUUAAACAGUCACUGUUACAGUGCAGUUACAGUUCACCGCAACAUAUGAAUGAAUAAAACCAGGUUUGGUUUCAUAGACGGCAGUGAAGACCGUUAUUUCAGUUUCAAUUAGACCUGUCUACACUGAGUGUCCCAUGGUGCCGCGCGACCCCGGACUCCCACUGUCCCGUGCACCUCUUGCACGCGACUGAGAUGUCAAACGACCUCUCUUGACUUGUGCGAUCGCUCGCGCGCAGAUACGCACAUUGAGAUUACAACAACUGGAGUGGCGCGCGCAAAAGCAGCUCGUAUUUAUGUAAUGCCAUAUGUGACAGUGAACGUGUGUGAGUGUCAGUGUGUGUAAGUGUAAGUGCAUGUGUGUGUGUGUGCGUGUGUGCGUUUGCGCGCCCGCGCGCGCUGGAGCUGGCGCGAGCUGAUCCAGCACCGCGGCGGCGACAGCGGUCACACGUUAAACAUCAGCGACCCGCGCAUGUUAUUCUGCGGAUUGAGGGCUCGUGAGAUUUCAGCGGUGCGGAUUUGACCCAGCAUAUAGGAGGGCGCUCGAGCUCUCUCGUUUUUCACGCACGGCACGCACGUAGACCCGGUGAAAUCGUCACGCGGAUAGAAUCUGUGGAAUCUGUCGCGUGUGUUCCUGCGCGGCCGGAGAGCAUCCCGACAGAGAGCGAGGCCCGGUCGGUCGCUCGGUGGUCGUGGGGUCGGUAGCACCGCGCGGAGGGGAGGUAGAGCGGGACUUGCGCCGGACUCCUGGCCGAAUCGGAGCAUCCCACAGUCCCGGCAGCAUCCAUCCCUCCGCGCCUCAGCUCCAGCGGGAGGCCCGGAGCGGCGGCAGGAUGUAGCAGCGGAUUAACAGAGGAGAGAGGGGCGCUCAGAGGAAGAGAGCGGGACCGAGAGAACCGAGGCGGGACGGAGGGGACAUGGGGAAGGACCAGGAGCUGCUCCAGGCCGUGAAGACCGAGGACUUGCUGACAGCUCAGCGGCUUCUACAGAGACCACGGCCGGGAAAAGCCAAGCUCCUCGGAGCAGCAAAGAGGGUGAAUGUCAACAUCCAGGAUGCAGAUGGGUUGUCGCCUCUGCACCAUGCUGCUCUGAGUGGUAACAAGGAGCUGAUCUCUCUGCUGUUAGAGGCCCAGGCAGCGGUGGAUAUUAAAGACCACAAAGGGAUGCGUCCUCUACAUUACGCUGCAUGGCAGGGGAAGACUGAACCAAUGAAAAUGCUGCUGAAGGCCGGGUCAUCAGUCAAUGGACAGUCAGAUGAAGGGCAGAUCCCUCUCCACCUAUCAGCACAGCAUGGACACUACGAUGGGUCAGAGAUGUUGCUACAACACCAGUCCAACCCGUGUAUCUCAGACUCAGGUGGGAAAACACCAUUGGACCUCGCCUGUGAAUUUGGACGCGUCGGAGUGGUCCAGCUUUUGCUCAGCAGUAACAUGUGUGCAGCCAUGCUGGAACCAAAACCCUCCGACCCCAAUGGAGUGUCACCUCUGCAUCUUGCUGCCAAGAACGGACACAUCGAAGUCAUACGGUUGCUGAUCCAGGCUGGUAUAGAUAUCAACAGACAAUCUGAGUCUGGCACAGCACUACAUCAGGCUGCCCUCUGUGGGAAGACAGAAGUAGUACGCCUGCUGCUGGAUAGUGGCAUCAGUGCAGGGGUGAGAAACACUCUGAGUCAAACAGCCCUGGACAUUGUUAACCAGUUCACCACCACACAGGCCAGCCGAGAGAUCAAACAGCUACUGCGAGAUGCUUCAGCUGCAAUGCAGGUGCGAGCACUGAAGGACUACUGCAACAACUACGACCUAACCAGCCUCAACAUCAAAGCUGGAGACAUUAUCACGGUUUUGGAGCAACACUCUGAUGGUCGAUGGAAAGGCUGUAUUCACGACAACCGCACAGGAAAUGACCGCGUGGGCUACUUUCCCUCCAAUAUGGUGGAAGUGAUCAAGAGGGCAGGUUCGCGGACUGCAGAGCUUAGUCCUCAAGGCUCUCCAACCCUGGGACAGCAGAGCAGCACCUGUGAAGAUAUCUGGGUGCUACGCAAACCGCUGGCAGGUGGCGAUCGCAGUGGCAGUGUGGGCAGUCUUGGCAGCGUUCGGUCAUCAAGCAGUUUGCAGAGUUCUGGAAACACACACGUUCUGACCACCCCUGCACCCAGUCCCCACCCUGCACCAACACCAGGAGUUAACACACAUGGCCUUAACGCUCCAGGCCUGCACGCACAAGCUGAAGGAGUAAAGCUCCUGGCCACCGUGCUCUCCCAGUCGGUUAAAGCCAAGGAGCAUCUCUUGGAGCAGUCACAGUCUGUUGAGCAGUCAGCGAGCUCUUCCAGUUGCACAGUUCAUGAACAGCGGUCGUUUGAGCGGAAGGCAGAGGAGGAUGAUGGGAAAAAGCAGGCAGUAGUGGCGUGGCUGGGUGAGUUUCAGCUGCAGUUCUACACCACCCACUUCCUCACCGCGGGAUAUGAUCUAGACACCAUUAGCCGCAUGACCCCUGAGGACCUGACGGCGAUUGGGGUCAUGAAGCCUGGACAUCGGAAGAAGUUAACAUCAGAGAUCAGCAAGCUGCCCUCCACAGACUGGCUGCCAGACCACAAGCCUGCCAAUCUGGCAGACUGGCUCUCUCACCUGGGUCUUAGUCAGUACUACCAGGUCCUGGUGCAGAAUGGGUAUGAAAACAUAGACUUCAUCUCUGACAUCAGCCUUGAAGAUCUGCAAGAGAUUGGUAUCACUAAGCUUGGCCAUCAGAAGAAGCUGAUGUUGGGAGUGAGGAGACUGAAGGAGCUACAGAGAGGAGAGAGCAGUUCUGAGCCUCCUCAGAGCCCCUCCACACCUCCAUCCAGCCCUGGUGGCAGCACCGGAUCAGAGCCCAGGAGGGAGGCGAGGAAGCAGAGGGACGGUGGCCCUAUCCCGCUGGCUAAACCUCGCCCAGGUCUCACACAUUCGCAGACCCCUCCCCACACACCGACACAAACCCCACCACAAACCCCCCCACAUGCCCGGACCCAGCAGGCCUCCCCCAGGGCUCGGCCGCGCCCCUCUACUCAGAUGGCAGCAGCAGAUUCGUCAGUGCCGCUGCUGCGGCUGCCCAGUGAGGAGGAAGAGCGACGGAGAACUCACAGUCUAAUUGGCUCAGAAUCAGACUCUAGAUAUGCCACCGUGUGCCGCAGCAGCUCCGCGCGUACUGCCACCUCUAAUGAUGUCACUGUUAACCGCAGCCAAUCAUCUGUCACCCUCCGUCCCCGUCGAAAAGGUCGGCCCCCUACACCACCUAAACGGUCCUGUUCUUCCAUUACAGGGGGUGACGGGGAGGGAGAGGGACAGGGGGAGGGACUGCUGGGGCUGCCAACCUAUCGAGAGCGGCGGGCCAGCGACUGCGGCGCCCUGGGAUCAGCUUUAAGAGCUCAGGACUCAGCAGGCCUGGAGAGAUCAGAGGGGGCUUCUGGGAGUGUUCGCAGUCUCGCCGCUAUGCUGGAAACAUCCAUCGUGGGUGGAGCCAAAACCCUGCCAAGGAAUCUGGGAAGCAGCACCAAUUACCUACAGGUGAGUCCGCCUAUACUUCGUCGCCAGACAGGCGCAGGAGGUCUUGGAUCUGAGGAUGAUGAUGUCAUAAGUCGGCGCAGGACCAUCAGUGGACCAGAAGGCAUUCCUGGGGAUCAGACUGACCUGUUACCUCGGCAACCAGCCCAGCAGCGUCCAGAACCCAGGCCCCGCUCCACCGUGGUCACCUCAGCAUCAGAUAUCACAGACGGCACAGCGACGCUCCGAAGGAAGCCGCGUCCCCUGGCAACAGACUCUGAAGCCCCUGCAUCCAUGGCUACCACUGUUGUUACCAUGACAACCAGCUCCGAAACCAUACGCAGGAGGCCACGCACGUCCGAGCACACAGAGAGCGUCAUUCAAAGCAAUAACCAAUCAGACUCUCCCAGCAGUCAAACAGAUAGUAGCCGGAAAAACAGAGGCGAGGCGCAGCAGAAUGGCGGCGUGGUCCUGAGGCGGAGGCCAGCAUCUGGGGUCUCUGAUAGGACGGAGGCCAACACAGAGAGCUGUGAGUGGAUGGAAGCCAGGAAGUCUCUAAAGCCAGCCGUCUCACCCAAACCAUCCACAGCCGCUUUGAGGAAGACACAAGUUGAUCCCCCAACACCAACUCGCAGGGUCCCCCUACCUGGGCCUGAUAGUGCUGAGACGGCACAGAGCCCUGAGCCGAAGCGGGUCCCCCCUCCUGUAUCCCCCAAACCCCGUGGGCCUCCAACAGCACCUAAACCUGGCAAGGCGGUAGUAGCUUCAGCUACCAUGAGCCCGAGCCCUGCUGCUACCAGUCCUACCCCAGCCCCCAAACCCUCCUCUCCGCUCUCAGCUGCCCCCCUUCCAGCUCCUGACACCCCUUCUGCUCCCUCCCUCUCUCCGGGACUCCCUCUUACAUCCCCGUCUCCAGCCCAGAGUCCCUCCACCCCAUCACCACACCCUGUCAAACCUCCCCGCUCCUCCAUUGCCGGUCUCUCCAUCGACUUGCUGGGAGGGCGGGAGGUGGAGGAGGAAGAGGAAAGGAGGAGAGAGGAAGAGGAGAGGAGUCAAGAGAGGGAGAACAAAAGGCACAAAGAGCAGGAGGAGGAGGAGAGGAAGAGAGCAGAGGAGGAGAGUCAGAGGGAGCUGGAGAAGAAGCCCUCAAGGAAGGAAGGAGCGGGGGAGGAGGUGGAGAGUCAAGCAGAGGGAGGAGAGCAGGAGGAAGAGGUGCAGCAUCGUUUGGAGGAGACCAGUGCCUCCUUGGCUGCAGCUCUGCAGGCUGUGGAGCAUAAAAUCAAAGAGGAGGACGCACAAAACGAUUCUCUUUCCAGUAAAAAGACAACGGUCUCCAUCUUGGACGACAUCGGCAGCAUGUUUGACGACUUGGCAGACCAACUGGACGCAAUGCUCGACUGACCUCCUGCCUACGUCUCAUUUCCAACAGAGCCCUAUUCCCUCUCCCUCUCUCCCUCCCUCCCUCCCCAUCAUGUGUAGGUGUAACAAGAAAGCUGUCCCAAGGCUCGAUGCCGCCUGGCGCUCUGAGAGUGUGUGUGUGUUUGAGAGUGUGUCCCUCCUGCGCGAGCGCUUCUCAUGUAGCCUUGUACAGUACACCGAGGAGGGAAAUCCUCUUCGUGCAGUGCAGUAGCUCUAGUACGCCUCCUGAUGCGAGGAGGCCCGCUCCCACACAACCUCUGACCUCUGCAGCCCAGCGAGUCACCGCCGCCUGGCCUCAGACGGCUGUGUGGACCAAGAAGCACAAUCAUUUUCUUCAUCCUUUUAUCUCUACAGACUCUGGCUAGGACAGAGAUGCUAACUCAGUCAGACAGGGAGACAGGCAGAUAAGCAUAUUGCUUGCAAAAAUAAGCACAUAAACUGACUGACAGGCAGAUAGAUAGAUAGAUAGCUAGAUAGACAGACAGGAUGCAUACAGAUGAGACGCUGGAGAGAAUUUUUAAAAGCACAUGGAAAGACAGGCCGCUUUCCGAGUCUGUCUCACUCCUGCGAUGUCAACAGGAUGCAUUUUUCCAGACGAAUCGUAGCCUCUAUUUCUCUUCUGUAUGAGUGGAGGAUUGUGGUUAGCCGGACUUCCUGACCUGUGUGUUGUCUCUGUUCACGUUGUUGUUGUUGCUGUUGUUGUUAUUUAUUGUUGCCGUUGUUGUCGUUACGGGUGUGUGUAGUCCCUGCUAAAUGCUCAUGUCAGUGUCCUCCCACUCCUACAGUAGUUAUACUAAUGAUCAGAACGACAAUAUAGAUGUGCGUCCAUGAAUUUUGAGACACUCACUCACACUCACACACACACACACACACAGACAUUACAUUGGUUCUAAUCAUGCUGGUGUUCUGCUUUGUUGGUGUUUAACUCCACCUAUGGAGGUUUGCUUGGAAGUGAAUCUACACAUUGCAAAAACUGACACACACACAUUCACAAGCAACAACACAUACAUACAUACAAGCACACUCAUGCGGUGUAUCCCUUUGUCCUGCUGCAGUGAACAGUGUUUUUAAAAAGAUAAUCCUAUAUUUCAAUGCUUUAUAUAGUACAUCCAGUAUACAUACAUAGAGUUUAUAAUAUACCUGGGUAUUUGAGCUGUUAGAGCUCCCUCUAGUGUUGGUUAGUGAAACUGCCUCUAAUCUGCCCACCUUCCAUCUUGUCUCCCCCACUUUCUUUUUUUAAAUCUCCCUUUGUGUCCGUUCUGUCAACUCUGCAUCUCUCUGUGCCUUGGUAGUAUUCUUUCAUAUAUUUAAAAUAUUUUUUAUGUCUUUUUUUCCACUCCAAAAUGUUCAAUGGUUUUUUCUGUUUAAUCACAUAACCCCCCACCCUUCCACCCCCACCCUCCCUUGUGUGUCUGUAAUGUCAAAAGUAGCUUAUAGGUUGAGUUGUGAGUCCUAUAUGAUCCCUGAAAUUGGUCACCCUGUCUGCAGUCCUCCUGUAACCAUUGAGAAGCCUUGUUCGAGCCCAUACAUGCCCCCCCACCUGUAAGCUGUAAUAAGUUGGCUCUGCUCCUCCUCGGCUCCCCUGUUUUCAGUGGUCCCCCAUGUGUAGGCCAGACAGUGGAUCAACCACCAGUGUUCAUCCCAAUGAAGAGUCUACUUGUAUUUUUAUGCUCUUUGAAAACAAAGAUAUAUUUGAGAGACAGAUGGUUCUAUGUGAAUAAUAAUAAUAAUAAUAAUAUGAAUAAUGAUGAUGGUGAUAACUCUAGACAUUGAAUCGAGGUGAGCUGAUUGAGCCUGUACAUUUCUGGUUGACUUCUGGAUGUGUUGUGACGGCUGUUGUGCCAUGGUUGGGUUUAGGUUGUGUUUCUGCUGUGAUGAUGCAUUCCUGUACAGCUGUGAUCGGAAUAAAUGUAUAAAUUAAACCUUA